AUGAAUAAAAAAAAAUGUGAAGUUUGUGGAAGUAAUUCAUUUAGAAUUGAGGAUGGACUGUAUGUGUGUAAUGAUUGUAAUUAUGUAAAUGAAGAAUUACAAGAAGGUUUUGAAGAUGCAUUUGAAUUAAAAGAUGAUAAAAUAGAUAUAGAAUAUGAUUAUGUUGAAAAAGAUAUAUAUAAUAUAAUACAAAAGUUAUAUAAAGAUAAAGAUUUGAUUGUAAAUAUAACAAAAUAUGUACUAAAAGAAAAUGAUGAAUUUUUUAUAAAUUUCCAAAAAAUUUUAUUUGAAAUAUGUCAAAUAUUAAUAUCAGAUUAUAAAUUUCCUACAAUCAUAUAUAAUGAAGUUAAAAAAAUAUGGUUUUAUUUACUUGAAGAUUGUAUAAAAAAAUGUAAUAUUUAUCGUCCACCUAAUGAUAAUAAAUAUUCUUUAAGAUAUAUAUAUGAAGUUAUAAAAUCUAAAGAUAUAACUGACAUAUUUAAAAAUGUCAUUAAUGAUUUAAAAAUUAAUGAAGAAAUAAGGAAUACAAUUAAAAAAAUGGGGUAUAGUAAAACAAAUUAUUAUUUUAAUAUUCAAAAACAAUAUAUUAAUAGAAUUGGUCAAAUGGCUGAAUUUUAUCCAAAAAAAAGUGAAAUGAAUAGAAAAUUUAACAUACGUUUUUUAAAAUUAUAUAAAAAGACAUCAUUACUUGAUAGCGAAAAUAAAAAUAAAAACUCAUUUAAAAAACUUAACGAAUUAAUAGCAAACUUGAAAAAUAGCAAAAUAAAAGAUGAUGUAAACAACAUAAAUAAUAAAGGAAUGCAUCAAUCAAAUGUGUUCCAAAACGCCUACCCAUUUGACAGUAACGAAAAUGCAUCCCAAAGCGGAUACCCAUUUAACAGUAACGAAAAUAUGUUAAACAAUUUUGAUGAAACAAAUAAUAAUAUGAAUCCAUUUGAAAAAUCAGAUAUUUUAUAUGAUACUGAUAAUUUUUUAAAUCAAGAAAAUGUGAAUUCAUUCCAAAGUUUUAAUGAAGAAACAAAAAAAAAAAAAAAUAUUUCAAAUUCAAAAGAGAUACAAAAAAAUUUAUCUCAAUUAGAAAAUAACCUUAAUGAAAAUUAUUCUAUUUUAGAUAGUGAAAAAAUAUAUCAUUUUUAUUCGUCAAACUUUAUUAACAAACUUUUACAAUAUAAAAAUUUAUUAAAACCAUAUAGUCGUGAUGACCCAAUGAAAUAUAUGAAUAGGAAUACAAAUUAUAAUAAACUUAUAGGAAUUAUUUAUCAACAUGAUUUUUUAUAUUAUUUUAUCGAAGAUUUAAAAACAAAAUCAGAUAUUGAACACUUAUCAUAUUAUGAUAUAUUACAAAUAUUUAAAGGGAAUUAUGAUCAAAUUAUACUUGAAUUUUUAAAAGAAAAAAAUAAUGAAAUAAAUAAAACACAAAAUUUAAACGAGAAUCAAGAAAAUAAAUUAAGUAGACGCGAUUCUGAUGAGCGAUUAAGCGAGGGCUUUUUAUCGACAUGUCAUCAGAAGGAGGUUGAAAAUGCGAAACAAAACGAAAAACAAAACGAAAAACAAAACGAAAAAGAAAGCGAAAAAGAAAGCUUUGAACUAUUUAAACCAUUUGGUGAAGUUGAAUUAAAAAAGGAAUUUAAAUUAAAUGAAAGUUUAGAAGGAACUGACAUAAAAAGUGAAUUUAAAUUUAGCGAUUUUGGCGAGUUCAUUAAUAAAAGUUAUAACCAUAUUAAUAGAAGUAAAGACAUCGAUAUUAUAAGCAAUUGGGAUCAUAGUGAAAAAGGAGAGAGUUACAAAAAAUGGGAAAAUUCGAAUUAUAAAAUUGAAAAGACAAAAAUAAAUGAUCCUAGAAAAAAUAAAAAAAAAAUAAAUGAACAAAAUAUUAUAGAAAAUAUUUUUGAAAAAUAUAAAAAUUAUAUAACAUUAAAAAAAGAUGUUGCAAAAAAUAAUAUUGAAACAAAAGUUGAUAUAUACGAAAAUAUAUUUAAUGACAAAGAUAGUCAAUCUUGUUUAUCUAAUAAUGAGAUCAAUUUUAUUAAUGAAAAGUACGAUGAAAUAGAAAAUUUGCUACAUAAUCGAUUCGAAAAAUUAGAUUCAUAUAGUUUAGAGGGAGACAACCCUUUGCAGCUUCCACCCGACGCUAUGUUACCCAAUUUUGACCAAAUCGAAAAUAACGGAAAAAGCGAAAGUGGUGAAAAUGGCGAAAGUGGUGAAAAUGGCGAAAGUGGUGAAAAUGGCGAAAGUGGCAAAAACGGCGAAAGUGGUGAAAAUGGCAAAAAUGGCGAAAGCGAAUGUAAAAACCAAAUAAACCUUGCAAAUAUUAACAAAAUUGGAAACGAGUUCACAAACAAGAUGGGGAGCGAAAUAGAAAAUAUGAGCAUAUACGAUAAACUAGAAUGCAUAAAUAAUUUAAAAAAAGAAAAAUUAGAAAAUUUUCCAAACCAAAAUAUCCAAAUUACAAAUGAUAGUUACUAUAAUGGAGUAAUAAAAAAAAUAGACAAAUCAAUAACAAAAGUAAAAAUAUUUAUAGAAGAAAAUAAUUUAGAAAAUAUAUAUACUCAAACAUUAGAUGAUAAUAAAAUAUAUGUAAAUGAAAAGCUAUUAUUAGAUACAUAUAUAUUUGAUGAAUUAUAUACAAAAAAUUUAUAUGUAUCAAGUAUUAAAACAUUUAGAAAUAUAACAAUAAGAUAUAUAUAUAAUGAAUAUAUAAAUUAUUUUUUAAAUAAUUAUGAAGAAUAUAUGAACGAUAAUGAAGAGUGUAAAUAUUGUUAUAAUUUUACAUUUGAACUUAUAUUUUAUAUUUUAUAUUAUGCUUUUAAAAGAUUAAAUAUAUAUUGUUUACCACAUAAUAUGAAAUAUUUUGUAAAUUCGGAUAAUUUUAAUUUAUAUCAUAUUUUUAAUAACACAUCUGAAAAUUUUUAUAAAUUAUUUAAAGAAAUAGAUUCAAUUAAUUUUCCAUUAAAAAAUUCAUAUCUAUCAGAAAUAAAAAAAUUUUUUUUUACUAAAACAUUAAAUUAUGAGGUCCCUUUUUUAUCUAUUCAUAUGUAUGAAAAAUUUGAGGUUCUUGAUCCUGGUGAUAAUAUGUUAGAAUAUAAUGAAUAUAUUUUGAAUGAUAAAUCAUUUUGUAAUAACAAAAAUAAUAAUGUUUCAAAUAGUUAUACAUAUAUGAAUCAUAAUAAUUAUAUUAUUAAUAAUUUACAAAUUUAUGAAACAGUUGGAGUGAAUAGCCUUUUUAGAAAAUAUAAAACUUAUACAAUUAAUAAUAGUAUAAAAAAGAGAUGGUCAAAAAUGUUAAACAAAUUUAAUGGUUAUUCUCUUACAAAAUUAUAUUCUUUAAUUAAUGAUUUAUUAUAUACAUUUAAUUUAUCAAAUAAGGUACAAAUGUAUUCUAUAAAAAUAUUUAACAUCAUCAUAUUCAGAUAUCGUUUUUUUAAAUUUUUAUAUAACACAUUUUGUAAUAAAUAUGAUGAUAUGCAUAUCCAAUUAAAUGAAUAUUAUAAUUAUAAAAGUAUUUAUAAAGAUUGUAUAGAAUAUUAUCCAAAAUAUAUUGAAUCAAAUGCAUCUAUUAAUUAUAUAAAUACAUAUAUUAAUAAUUUAAAAAAAAAAGAAUUUUAUAUAAAAAAAAAAUAUAUUGAAACAAAGAAAUAUAUUAAUUUACAAGAUGGAAGUAUUAAUUAUAAAAUUUAUAAUAAAAUUAAUUAUUUUUAUAGACAAAAAUUUUAUUACACAUUUUGUAAUGUAAAUUAUCAUAUUGAUUUUAAAAAAACAGAACUUUACAAAAUAGCAGCAGGAUGUGUUAUAGCUGCUUGUAAAUUGUAUUAUCCAUUUUUUAUUGAUGAUUUUUAUGAUUAUCAUAAUUUAUAUAUUCCUGAUAAAUUUGAAGGCUUUCAUUUUGUUAAUCAUUAUAAUUGUCAUAUACAAGAAAAUAUUAAUUUAUACAAUAAUAAAAUUUAUCCUACCCAAAAAAAAAAAACUCGAAAAAAAAAACAUCCCCAUAAAUAUAACAUGGAUAUAUUUGAAAGAGAUCAAGAUUUAAAAAAUAAGUCAAAUGAUUUUACCUUAAAAGAAAAAACGAUACAGGAGUUCAAACACGAUGAAACAAAUUAUCAUUUUUACACGAGCAAAAUUGAGCGGUUGCUCAAAAGGGUCGAUCAAGAAAAAAAGAAGAAAAAAAAUGAGCUAGACGCAGAUGCAGUUGCAAGUGUAGUUGCAGACGUAGACGUGGUUGCAAGUGCAGAUGCAAAUGUAGAUGAAGAUGUAGAUGUAGAUGCAAUUGCAAGUGUAGUUGCAAGUGUAGAUGCAAAUGUAGAUGUAGAUGUAAUUGCAAGUGUAGAUGCAGACUUAGAUGCAAUUGCAAGUGUAGAUGCAGACGUAGAUGCAAUUGCAAGUGUAGAUGCAGACUUAGAUGCAAUUGCAAGUGCAGACGCAGACUUAGAUGCAAUUGCAAGUGUAGAUGCAGAUGUAGAUGCAAAUGUAGAUGCAAUUGAAAGUGUAGACGUGGUUGCAAGUGCAGACGCGGGCGCCGGUGCAGAUCAUCUGGGCAUGCUUGACUCAAAUGGGGGGGGAGAUAACAACAGUUUUGAAAAAAAAAGAAAAAAUUAUAAAAUUGACGAAAAUUUUAAAGGGGAAAAAGUUCGAAAGCUAAAUAGCCAUACUUACAAAGAUGAAAACAUGUUAGACAAUUUAGAGAUUUUCCAAGAAAACGAAAAAGAGAGAUCCAAUUCGGGCAAUGCUAUUGAAGAUGUUCACAAUGCCGAUUCAAACGAAUUAAAUAAAUUUCAAUUCGCAAAUCUUCCCUUGUUAAAUGAGCACGGCCAAAGUUGCGAGCAUGACCAUGCCCAAAAUUGCGAACACGGCCAAAAUUGCGAACACGGCCAAAAUUGCGAACAUGGCCAAAAUUGCGAGCAUGACCAAAAUUGCGAGCAUGGUCAAAAUGAGGCCUUUUAUACAAAUUUACUAAAUGAGGAAGAGAACUAUUUCGUGGGAUAUUUAAAUAAGGAAAAAAAAAAAAGUGAAAUAAAUGUGCUUGGUGAUUUUUUUGAUGAUAAUUAUACUGAUGAAUGUAUUUACAAAUUAAUAAAUUAUGGAAAUAAAAUAGAUAAUAAUUCAAGUUUGUUAAAUAAAAUAAAAAAUAAAAAAGAGAAUCAAAUAAAAAGACAGAAAAAAACUAAAUUAAGCAAUUCAAGAAUAAAAGGAAUAUACUUUAAAUCUACAAAAGAAAAUGUUAUAUCAUAUUAUGUUUCAAUUCCUAACAUUAUAAAAUUAUAUUUCAACUAUAAAAAAUGUCUUAACAAUGAUAUAUAUAAAUAUUUUAUAAAUAAAGAAAUUUCUUUAUCAGAUGGUGAUAAUUAUAAUUACAUGUCAGAUGAAAUAUAUAAUAAUGAAUGUGAAUAUUUUGAAAAAAAUAUUUUGAAAAAAUUAUUUAAAAAAAGAAAUCGAAAAAAUUAUACUAUAAAACAUGUAAAAAAUAAUUUACGAAAAAUCAAAAUAAAUAAAACUAUCAGUGAUGAAAUAGAUAAAAAUUACCUAAUUAAAAGGAAAUCUAAUAUAAAUUUGGAUCGAAUAAAUAAGAAAAAAAAUGAAAAAAAUGAAAAAAACGAAAAAAAAGAAAAAAAAGAAAAAAAAUUCCUUUUUACAAAAUUUCAUAUUUUGAAAAGUAAUAAAAAUUUUGAGGAAAUAUAUAAUAUGCAUUCUAAAAAACCUGAAUCUGUUAUUAAAGACAUAGAAAGAAUUGAAAAAAUUAAAACAAAAUUAUUCCCUCUUUUUUUAGCUAACUAUUAUGUUCACCCUUUCAAUUAUUUUGCAAUAAAUAUACACACCAUUUGUUUUUAUAAUUUAAUAAAACAAAUAGAGAAGGAUAAUCUAUUUUCUUUAAAUAUAAAAAGGAAUCAAAAAUGGGAAAUAAUUUGUGAUUUAUUUAAAAAUAAAAAUAAAAUAACUUACUAUAAUUUUUUGCAAAAAAUUUAUGAAGAUAUUGAAAAUAUUAAAAACAACAAUUAUGAUGUUUCUAUUUCUAAAAAUUGUAUUAACACAUCUAAAGAAGUAGAUAUGUCAAUUUUAAAUAAAAAUGAUGUAAUUAUAUUAGAUGAUAGUUCAAAUCAAGGAGAAAAAAAUACAAUUACUAAUUCAGAACUUGGGACAGAACCUGUUGCUGAAUCAGAUGUAAUUUUGUUGGAAAAUCUUUCAAAUUUAAAAAAUAAAAAACCAAUGAAAAGGAAAACAAGCGUAUUAAUAACAGAAAUUGAAUUUGAAAAAAUUGUAAAAAAAACAAAAUCAGAAAAUAUCGAUAGUCACUCCUUUGAUAUAAAUUUUAACAUUGAAGCUAUCAACUUUAUAAAGGAAAAUAAAUUUGGUAGAAACAAUGGAAAAAAAAUUUACAACCUAAUAAAUAAUAUAAAUAAAAUAGAUAUAGACAAAAAAUAUGAGAAUACAAAAAAUGAUAUAAAAUUAGAUUAUACUUAUUUAAUAGAUCGAAAAAAAUAUGAACAAACAUAUUUUAUUUAUGUAAUUUUUGAACACAAUCAAAUAAGUUUAUACUCUUUUAAAAUUGAACAUAUUUUUAAUUUAUAUAAAUUUUUAAUAGAAAAUAUGGAUAAUAUAUAUCAAUUAUAUUUAUUAUAUUAUCAAAUAAAUUAUGUUAUUCAUCUUUAUACAAAUUGUAUUAAUUAUAUAUUAAGUAUGUUUGAAUAUUUACUAUUUAUAAGACAUAAUAAAAAAUAUAUUACUAAAAAUAAUUUCAAUUGUUUUUAUCGAAAUAAAUAUAAAAAAAAAAAAAAAAAAUUUAUUUAUAAUAUUCAAAUGGUUUUGAUUAUUAUGAAAGUUUUUAUAAAUUUGUAUGCAAAUCCUAAAGAUGUGUAUGAACUUGAUUUGAAAAAUAAUGGAAAAGAAAAAAAUAAUAAAAAUAAUUUAGUCAAAAUAAAACCAAUUAUAUAUUUUGAUCAUAUUAAUUUUUCAAAAGAAGAAAAAUCUCAAUGUUUUGAAGAUUCUAUAUUAUAUUUAUAUUAUACUAUAAAACAUGGUAAUUAUUAUCUGUCUUAUUUAUUUAAUAAUUUUAAAGGAAUGAAACAUAUUAAAAAUCAAGUUAACAAAGAAAGUAAACACUUAUUAAAUAAAUUGAAUCAAAAAAUGAAACAAGAAUAUAAAAAAAUAAAUAAUGAUAAUGUUCAUGCAUAUAUAUUCCCACCAAUUUAUGGUAUAUCACAUAAUAUUAUCAUAUUAGAUACUAAUUUUUUUUUAAUAAAUUUUAAAAGAGUAAUUAAAUUGUUAGAAAAUAAUUAUGAUAAUUAUUUAUCAAAUUGUUUUAAAAAAUAUAAUUUUAUGAGUAAAGACAAUUUUGAAAAAAAUCAAGUCUUAACAAUUGCUACAAUACAAGUUAAAAAAAAUAAAACUAAAACAAAAUUUUUUAAAAAAAAUAUAAUAAUGCAUAUUCCAGAAUAUGUUUCUCAAUUAAUUGCAUUAAAUUAUACAAAAAAAGAAAUGCCACAUAUGUUUAAAUAUCAAUCAAAGACUAUAUAUUCUAAUAAAUAUUAUUUUUUACAUGAUGGGAAAAUAAAUACCAUUAAUAAAAUUAUAAAAAAUGUUAGUGUUAAAUAUAAUAAGCUUAUAUUAUAUAAUAUAAUAAAAGAAUUCACAAAUUGUAAAGAAGAUAAAGUAAAAAUGUUAAAAAAUAAAUAUUUCCAAAAUGAAAAUGAUAAUUUUGUUAUAUUAAAUGAUUUUGAAUAUAGACCAAACUAUGAUAUUAUUAAUUAUUUUCCAAUCAGCUUUUUUAAAUUUUAUAAAAAAAUGAAAAGCAAAAUGAAAAACGAAAUGAAAAGCGAAAUGAAACACACACAUUAUAUAUUUCUUUUAUAUUGUUGGAAAAUUUGUUCUAAUUUGAAAAAAGAAAAAUAUUUUAACUUUAAGAAAUUAUUUAUUAAUGAAAAAAUGGCAAAACUUGUUUAUGACAUAUUAUUUUUGCAUUCUAUAAAACAACCCAACCCAAUCGAAGAACAAAAAAUAGUGAAAAAAGUGAAAAAUGGGAAAAAAGUGAAUAAUGGGAAAAAUGGGAAAAAUGUGAAAAAUGGGAAAAAUGGGAAAAAUGGGAAAAAUGUGAAAAAUGGGAAAAAUGUGAAAAAUGGGAAAAAUGUAAACAAAUUAAAAACCCUUUUAAACAAAUUUAAUAUAAUAGACUAUGUAAAAAUAUUUCGUCACAUCAUAAAUGUAGAGUUCAUAUUGACUAACCAAAAAAAAGUAGCAAACAUGAAAUACAUGAAAAAUAAAAAGAAGCUAACUAAUUGUUCGACUUAUUUUCCAAUUAAAAAUAUCACAAAAUGUAGAAAAAAAUAUUCUUAUAAAAAAGAGAACCAUAAAUUAAUAGGAACAUUUAGUAAUGUUAAAUAUUUUUCUAAAUCUUUAAAUUUAAAAAGAACAAAAAUAAAUUGGAUAUAUAAUGAAAUAAAUAUAGAACCUAUGGACAUAUUGAAAUAUCAAAAAAUUUUUGUUAGUUUUAUAAAAAAUUUAUAUAAUUCUAAAAUGAAAUGGAACGAACAUUAUACCAAAAAAUAUUUUUUUAACAUAAUUAAUGAAGAAGUUUUAAAUGAUAAUAUUUGGAAAGAGAUAAUAAAAGACACAUUAAUACAAAAUAAUAAAUUAAAAAAAAAAAAAAAAAAAAAAUUUUUAGAACAAUUUUCUCAAUCCAUUAUGAUAUAUGAUUUUUUAAAUAAUAACAAAAAAAUAUUUUUAAUAAAAAAUAUAGAUAAUAUAUAUGAACAUUUAAAAAAAGAAAAUACAAAUUUAAACAUAGACAAUAUAAUUAAUCAAAAUAAAAAUGAUCUAGUAUUAUCACAAAUAGGUAAAGAAAGUUUAAAAAAAUAUCGUAAAAAAAAUGAUAAAGGUUUAAAAACAAAUAUAUUAAAUUAUUUAUCAUAUAGACACCCUAUAAAAAAACUUACAAAUGAUGAAAUAUUAAAUAUGAUAAAACAUUAUAAUAUAAAUAAAUUGCCAUACAACCUUUUAUCGGAUCACAAUAAUGUAGAACCCGUUUUUAUUAAUAAUUAUGACAAUUAUAUAGCUAAUGACAUUUCUAACAAUUCUGGAGAUGAUGAUAAUGAUGAUAAACAAAUAAAACAUAAUAAAUAUUUUUAUAAUAAUCAAGAUAGUUUUAUAAAUGCAGAAGAUGCAAACAAUAAAACAAAAUAUAUAUUAUAUAAUUUUGAGUGUAUACCAUUUUCAAAAUCUAAAUUAUAUAAAAAUUUAAAAUCGUUAUUUACAAAUGUCCCAUUAAAUUAUAAACUAUAUAAAUUAAUAAAUGAAAAAUGUUGGAAAAAUGGUCAUAUUUUACCAAAAAAAGGAAAUGACUAUAUUAAAAUUAUAGACAAUAUUAUACACGAUUCUAAAAGUGGCAAAGAAAAUAGUAAAACAAAUGGGCGUGAUAAUGAUAAAGAAAAUAGUAAAACGAAUGGGCGUGAUAACGAUGAAUAUAUAUAUAUGUCUACAGAUGCAGAUUCAUACAAAUCCGACACUGUAUAUAAUAUAAAAUUAUAUAAAACAGAAUUAUAUAAUAAAUUUAAAAAAUAUGUAAAAAAAAAUAUUAAUAAAUUAAAUUUGGUUACAAAAGGCAAACCCCAUUGUUAUAUUAAUAAGUGUGGAGAUGAUAAUAAUUCAGAAAUAAAUAAUUCUUUAUUUCAUGAUAUAUGUAAAACAUAUUUAGAUUUUUUUCAAAAAAUGGAUGAUUAUUUUUAUUUUAAAAAUCAUCAAAAAAAUAAUAACAAUCAUACAGAUUAUAGUAAUAUUAUUAAAUAUAAAUAUGGAAAACGAAAUAAUUUAAAUCGAAUAUUUGAGUGGCAUAACAAUCUUGAUAUAUAUGAUCCUCUAUUAACUUUAAAUAAUAAAUCAUAUAUAAAUGAAAAAAGUGGUAAAAAAAAAAAAACAUGGAUUUGUAUAUAUAACGAUAGGUCUUAUGUAAAUAUUAACAACCCUUCUAUUUUAGCAGAGAUAAAUAAAAAAGAUAAAAAAGAAAGUACAUCAUUAAAUUAUAACUUUAAUAAAAAUGUACAUUUUGAAUUUAAUAGUAAUUUAUAUUGUUUCAUAUUACGAUUUAAAAAUAAUUAUAUAAAAAAUAAAAAUAAAAAUUUGUAUAUAAUUAUAAAACAGAAUAAAAUAUAUAAAAUUAAAUAUGUCCAGAAUGUUAAACAGACAAAUAAAUAUACAUAUUUUUUAUUUUCUUGUCUUAUAUUUCCAGUAUAUCUAACAAUAAAAAUAAUGUAUAUAUUUGCGCUAGAAUAUUUUCCUUCUUUAUUUUUUAAAACAUUAAAUUAUUUAAAUUAUUUAAAAAUAGAUGAAGAUUUUUUUGAUUUUUUACAAUGUAAUGAAUAUAAAACAAUUAAUGAAAUAUUUUAUAAUUAUAAUAUAAAAGAUGAAAAUAAUUUGAUUGAUGUAUUACGAUUUAGAGGAAAUUAUAUUAACCCAUUUUCAUUAUUAGGAUCUAUUUUUUAUAUAUCUGAAUUAAAAAAUAUUGCUUUUUAUUUUAAUUUACACCCAACUAAUCAUUUUAAUACUAUGCAUAAUGUUUGGGGUAUUGAACGUACUACUAAUUUAAUUCAUUUAGAAAAAUUAGAAAAAAAAUUAAAAAAAAAAAAAAUAAAUAAACGUAUUCUUAGAUCUUUUCAUGGUUUUAACGAUAGUAAAAUACCCAUGCUCACACAAAAAAAAUCAAAAGACAUCAUCUCGAAUAAUUCCAAUAAUCGUGACAAUAUAAAUGAAAGCAAUCAAAAGGGCCAAAUUGUCAAAAAUAAUGUAAAACAUGUAGAAAAUGAAAAGAAUUAUAAAGUCAUGCUUCGUAGAUCAAAUAAUAAACGAGACGUAUGGAUAAAAAGAACCCAAUGCGAUGAUACUAGAAUAAAUGAAUUAUUCUAUAUUCGAUUUGAAGAUGAUUCAGAAAAUAAUAUAAAGGAUGAAGAAGUAGACAAUUUUUUUAAAAACGAAAAUUGUAUUAAUUAUGAUGACGAUAAUGACGAUGAUAAUGAUAAGGAUGACGAUAAUGACGAUGAUAAUGAUAAGGAUGACGAUAAUGACAUUGGUGAUAAAAACGAAGCUUCAAACUUAUUAGAUCAUAGAAAAGGACCAAAACCAAAAAAAUUAAAAAAAAUGCAAAUUUCUAAAACCAGCAACAUUUUCUCACAUAAAUGUACAUAUAAUGUUGCAACUUUAUUAAAACAAAAAAAUAAGAAAAAAAAAAAAAAAAAAAAAGAUGAACAUUAUAACGAACAGGUGGAAAAAAAUGUCAUAGAAAUACCAAAUUUAGAAAAUUUAGAAAAUUUAGAAAAUUAUGAUAAUACUGAAAAAAUAAAUAAAAGGAAAAAAAAUAAUGGGAAACACACAAAAAAAAACUUCAAACAUUUGCUAAAUAAAUAUUUAGAAAAACAAAUGCAUACAAAUUAUUAUAAAAAUUAUUCAAAUGAAUCAGAAACAAUUAAUUUAUAUAAUAUGAUUAUAACAUUUUUAAAUAACAAAGCUUUAUUUAAUAAUGAUUCUAUAACAUAUGAAAAAUAUAUUAAAAAAAAUUCUAUCGAAAUUAAUCAUAAUAUUUAUAGAGAGUUUACAAUACAUUCUAACUAUUAUAUGCAAGAAUUUGAUAUAUAUCCUUUGAAUAAAUUUGCUAACACUUUUUAUAAUAAUAAUUUUAAGAUAUUAUAUCUAAAUUAUCAUAAAAUAAAAAACAAAAAACAUAUGACCCCGGAUCACCACCAAAAAGUGGAAUAUAUCCAGAAUAUAGAUAACAUUUCUAAAACAAGCAACAAUUUGUCGAUUGCCCCAAAUUAUGAAAAUGAAAAGGUAUCCUAUGACGGAAUAGAAGAAAAUUAUGGGGAAAAUUAUGGGGAAAAUUAUGGGGAAAAUUAUGGGGAAAAUUAUGGGGGAAAUCAUGACGAAAAUUAUGGGGAAAGAUACGGCGAAAAGGCGAAGGAUGAAUACUUAAUCAACGACAAUGACAAUGUGUAUGAUAAUUUAUUGGACCCCCUCGGUAAUAACAUUGAAAAAGAUGAAUCAAACAAAUACGAAAAUGAUAUAAUCUCACAAAUCGGUGAUCUAGACCAAAUCGGUGAUCUAGACCAAAUCGGCGAUCUAGACCAAAUCGGCGAUCUAGACCAAAUCGAUGAUCUAGACCAAAUAGAAUCCAUUAAAUAUUUAAGUGGUGGUGACUCAUUUGAUGUUUUGAAUGAAAAUGAUAAAAAUUCAAUUAACAAAUCUGAUAAAGAGUCUACCUCUACAUAUCUUAUGGAAAACGAUAAAACACAAAAUAGUGACGAAACAUCUGAAUAUGAAGAUGGUAGCUUAUUUGAUAGCGAAGAAGAACACAAUGGCAAAGAUUAUAUAAGUUAUUCGUUUUAUCUACAUAAGCCCGUAUAUAUAUUUGAUGAGGAAAAAGAAAUGGAAAGAGCUUUGAGCGGAAUCGAAGAUGAAGAAAGUGAAACUGAUGAUGAAAAAAGGAAAACCAAAGAUGAGAUAACAAAAAAAAUUAGGGAUACAAACAAAUGGAAUAGUAAUAUAUUCUUGAAAAAGAAUAAACAAUUUAAGAAAGUGUAUAAAAAAUUAAUUAAAAAAAUAGAAUAUGAUAGAAAUACUAAAAGCAUAUGUUAUCCAUUAUAUGAUAAAAAUAAUAAAUUUUUAAUGAGAGAUUAUAAAUGUAUAAAACAAGAAAAUAUUUUGGGAAAAUUUACUAAAAAACAUGUAAUAAGAGUAGGUAAAAGAAAACCAAUAUAUAAUUUAUUAAAAGGCCGACAUUUACUCAUAAAUUGUAUAUCCAAUAAUUUUUAUACAUAUGACCAAGAAGUUAGAACAAUAGUUCGUAUGUAUAAAAGACAUAAAUUUCUUUUAAAAAAUCAAAAACAAAAAUAUUUUUUAAAAAAAUAUAAAAAUUCGUAUCCUUGGAUCGGAGAAAAUAUGUUUAUAUGUGAAAACGAUAUCAACAAAUACAUUUCGGCUGCUUAUUCAACAAUUUUAUUUCACAAAAACACGACCUACCUCAAACAUUUUACUUAUCACAGUGCUCGGGAAUAUAUACCAUCAUUUCGUGAACACCGAAAUAUGGAAUUAGAUAAAAUUCCAACAAUGUUAUUCUUACUCAUAAAAGCCUUUAGCGUCUAUUUGAAUUGUUCCUUUAGGGAAUUAAUUAUAAUUUUGAAACGCAUUGAAAGAACAUUUUUAUUUUGUUAA